CGGAUGGGACGGCGUGCAGCUUUGCAUUACACAACCUAAAAUUACGGACCAAGUUUCGGAUAUUUACAUAUUUACUAACUUGGGAUCACUUUCCCAAACGCAUUUAGCACUGGUACUCACCACCAGACUGUGUUCUAGUCUUCUCACACACUCAUCGCAUCAUGGACGUUUCCCUCGAGAAUCUUUCAUCAUCUCAGAAGGAUGAGCUGAUGAGCACAAUCAAGCAGAAGAUUGCGAUAGCAAACGCUCAGGAGCUAGUUACCAAAAUGACGGAAAAAUGCUUCAAAAAAUGCGUGGGCAAGCCUGGCCAAGAUUUGGACGGUUCGGAACAGAAAUGCAUCGCAAUGUGCAUGGACAGGUUUAUGGACUCUUGGAAUGUCGUUUCGAGAGCUUUAACUCAGCGCCUACAGCAGGAACAGUACAAAGGAUAAUGCAUAUUACGAUAGUUGAUGUGUUAUAAUGUAAUCUACA